AUGGAUUCUAGAUAUCUCCACAAGCACAUACAGUCAAAAGUGGUAGUGUUGGUGUUCAUCCUGAGUAUAGCAUCGCUCAUCAUUUACUUCAUUGACGCGUCCAGUGAAGAGGUUGAGAGAUGCCAGAAAUGGAGCGACAAUAUUACUCAGCAAAUCGACCUUGCCUUUAACAUAUUUUUUAUGGUCUACUUUUUUAUACGAUUUAUAGCAGCUAGUGACAAACUAUGGUUCAUGCUCGAGAUGUAUUCAUUUGUAGAUUAUUUCACGAUACCCCCAUCCUUUGUAUCAAUAUACCUGGAUAGGACGUGGAUAGGGCUGAGAUUUCUCAGAGCUCUACGCUUAAUGACCGUGCCUGAUAUUUUGCAAUACCUCAAUAUACUAAAGACAUCGAGCUCAAUUCGGUUGGCGCAAUUAGUUUCUAUAUUUAUAUCAGUAUGGUUGACCGCGGCUGGCAUUAUUCAUUUGCUGGAAAACUCCGGUGACCCUCUGGAUUUUGAUAACUCUCAGAAGCUCUCAUACUGGACGUGUGUGUACUUUCUCAUAGUCACCAUGUCCACUGUAGGUUACGAUAGCAUGACCGUUAUGUACCAAGAAGCUCGGGUGACGCCGAGCGGCGCCCCGCCCGGCGCCCGGCCGGCUGCGGUGCCUGGAGCCAUCAAUGUGCAAUCUUCUAACUUCUCGGCAGCUUCAAAAAAGCCAUCUUUCAACUAUUGCCAGCACUUAAAACGCUUUGUUUUGAGCGGAUGCAUGGAUGUAUUUUAUUUUUCUUUUGCUUUGUUUCGUGAUACUCACCACGAAUGUGCUGCCGGAGGAUCUGUCGCACCGUGCUUAGAAUAUCGAGUAUACUGGGGACUAUGGUACGAGACGAGAUAUGUAGGUGCGCGCGUCCACACGGAGGCGCCCGGCGCCCAGCCCGGCGAGCCCGGUGCCGCGUCCCACCCCUCCCACCUCGCGAUCUCUGCAUGCCGCACCUGUGCCUGGCUGUGUUCAGUUGCUCACAUCACCGUGAAGGCGAUUCACCUCGUGGUGUGGCGACAAUCCGCGCGCCAGGCUCGGUCUGAAUCGCCCGAGCUCUCAGGACGAUGUGAAUCAUCACCUAUAAGAAAGCUUGCUCAGUGCCGUCAGAUGUAUUGUGUCAUCUACUCGUGUUCACUCGCCUGCCCAUCGGCAGAUAGCGGGCGUCACUUCACCUCUGCGUCAUACUGCAUUAAGGCGAUAUUUGCCAGUUGUAUCCCAGAGAUAAUUGACUUAAUCGGGACUAGACCCAAGUAUGGCGGCACCCUCAAGAAUGAGCGGGGACGCAGGCAUAUAGUUGUAUGUGGUCACAUAACUUACGAAUCAGUGAGCCAUUUUUUAAAAGACUUCCUACAUGAAGACCGAGAGGAUGUAGACGUCGAAGUUGUUUUUUUACACAGGAAACCGCCUGACCUGGAGCUCGAAGGCCUGUUCAAGAGACACUUUACCACUGUGGAAUUCUUUCAAGGCACCAUUAUGAAUCCCAUCGACCUACAAAGGGUGAAAGUACAUGAAGCAGAUGCGUGUCUGGUGCUAGCCAAUAAAUACUGUCAAGAUCCUGAUGCUGAAGACGCUGCUAACAUCAUGAGGGUUAUUUCUAUCAAGAACUAUUCUGAUGACAUUAGAGUGAUUAUACAACUUAUGCAAUAUCAUAAUAAGGCCUAUCUUUUAAACAUUCCAUCAUGGGACUGGAAGCAAGGCGAUGACGUGAUCUGCUUAGCGGAACUGAAGCUUGGCUUCAUCGCUCAAAGCUGUCUGGCACCUGGCUUCUCAACAAUGAUGGCCAAUCUUUUCGCCAUGAGGAGCUUUAAGACGUCCCAAGAAAUGGCUAUAUGGACUAAUGACUACAUGCGAGGUACGGGAAUGGAGAUGUACACCGAUGCACUAAGUCCGACGUUUAUCGGGAUGCCGUUCAAACAGGCCGCUGAGUUAUGUUUCACGAAGUUGAAACUGCUUCUCCUGGCGAUAGAGAUUAAGGGUGAGGAAGGCGCUGACAGCAAAAUCUCUAUCAACCCGAAGAACGCCAAGAUCAAUGCCAACACACAGGGAUUCUUUAUUGCUCAAUCUGCAGAUGAAGUGAAAAGAGCCUGGUACUACUGCAAGGCCUGCCACGAAGAUAUCAAGGAUGAAACCUUGAUCAAGAAAUGCAAAUGCAAAAACUAUGUUGGAAUGAUGAUGAUGCAGACUGGAAUGGUGAAACAAAGUCUUAAUACGUACCGUGCUUGCCUCGAUGAUGAUCACCAUCCUCCCCCUACCUUCACGCCGCCAGAGUUGCCCAAGAAGGUCCAUGUUCGAGGUGAAAUCGCUAGAGAAAGAGGGGAAGACACAAGUCUAAUAAACCGCAAUCACCGAAACGCAGCACCAGCAACGCUAUUAUCUCCGAUGGCCAACCAACUAAUGAACACCACCACGACGAGACAAGUGAACAAGGUGAAACCGAACGUGAAUAGAGCCCCCCCUGACACGCCAACCAGUAGAAGCAGUGGUGGUAAUCAAAACAGUAACGGUGUCAGCCUACCAGCGGGCUUAGCUGAUGACCAGUCGAAAGACUUUGACUUCGAAAAGACUGAAAUGAAGUACGACUCUACUGGCAUGUUUCAUUGGAGCCCUGCCAGGAACUUGGAAGAUUGUAUAUUAGACAGAAAUCAAGCGGCAAUGACAGUUUUGAAUGGUCAUGUGGUGGUGUGCCUAUUUGCGGACCCAGACUCACCUUUAAUUGGAUUGAGGAAUUUAGUUAUGCCUCUCAGAGCAUCUAAUUUUCACUACCAUGAACUAAAACAUGUAGUCAUUGUGGGUAGCGUCGACUAUAUUCGAAGAGAAUGGAAAAUGUUGCAGAAUCUACCAAAGAUUUCUGUAUUGAAUGGUUCACCGCUAAGCCGGGCCGACUUGCGUGCAGUGAAUGUAAACUUGUGUGACAUGUGCUGUAUCCUAUCAGCGAAGGUGCCAUCGAACGAUGACCCGACGUUGGCAGACAAGGAAGCUAUUCUGGCUUCGUUGAACAUCAAGGCGAUGACGUUCGACGACACGAUAGGGGUGCUGAGUGCUGGAGUCGGUACGAAUGGUGGUAGCAAUGCGCCGCCGCCGCCCGGGCAGCCGCAUGCGCCCGUGCUGCUUCAGAGGAGAGGAUCUGUGUAUGGUGCCAAUGUGCCUAUGAUUACUGAGCUGGUAAACGAUAGCAACGUACAGUUCCUGGAUCAAGAUGACGACGACGACCCUGAUACGGAGCUGUAUCUGACACAACCGUUUGCGUGCGGUACAGCUUUCGCUGUCAGUGUGCUCGACUCUCUUAUGUCCACCACUUAUUUCAACCAAAAUGCCUUAACGCUAAUUCGGUCGCUGAUUACGGGCGGCGCCACUCCAGAGUUAGAGCUAAUCCUCGCUGAGGGAGCUGGACUACGAGGAGGAUACUCCACGUCUGAGAGUUUAGCAAAUAGGGAUCGAUGUAGAGUAGGUCAAAUCUCCCUAUACGACGGUCCGUUAGCACAGUUCGGCGAGACCGGCAAGUACGGAGACCUAUUCGUGGCCGCUCUCAGUACGUACGGGAUGCUGUGCAUCGGCCUCUACCGGUUUCGUGACACGUCGUCUUCGUGCGAUGCAAGCAGCAAGCGAUACGUUAUCACGAAUCCUCCCGAUGAUUUCUCUUUACUUCCUACUGAUCAGGUGUUCGUCCUAAUGCAGUUCGACCCUGGCAUGGAGUACCGGUCGAGCCGGCGCGCGGGCUCGGCGACCGGCAGCGGCGGCAAGGACGACGCCUCCUGA